AUGGGCAAACCUGAACCGAAGGUACUUUGGGGAUUUGGGGCUGUGUCAGCCCCUGCAGGAAGGCCCCUUUUUCCAAUGCAAGCUUAUUCUGGGUUUCUCAGCAUCCUCCAGCCUUCCUCCUGCUGGUGCUCUGAGUCCUUCUGUCCUUUGGAGGAGAUCACCAUGAGUCGCCAAGUCAGUUAUAGCCAACAGUCUUUUAGGACCUCCGGUGGAGGGCAGCGCCAGGGGUUCAGUGGCCGAUCUGCUGUGGUCUCCAGCAAGAGUCGAGUCAGCACAGGGAGGUCGACGUCUGCUUCCCGAUGUGGAGGAGGUGGUGCCAGUGGUGGAGGUAGCGGCUCCUCAGCCUGUGCCAUGAAGGGCUUUGGCAGCAGAAGCCUGUACUCCCUGGGGGGGAACAAGAAGAUCUCCUGCAGUGUAGUUGGCGGCACCUCCCAGGCAGGGGGCUUUGCUGGUGGCCGAGGCUCUGGCUUUGGGAAGUGUGGGUUUGGAGGUGGUGGCUUUGGAGGGGGAGCUGGUGGCUUCAGAGGGGGAGCUGGUGGCUUUAGAGGGGGAGCUGGUGGCUUUGGAGGGGGAGCUGGUGGCUUUGGAGGGGGAGCUGGUGGCUUUGGAGGGGGAGCUGGUGGCUUUGGUGGCCCUGGUGGUCUUGGUGGCUUUGGUGGCCCCAGUGGUCCCGGUGGUUUCCCUGGUGGCAUCCAUGAAGUGACUGUCAACCAGAGUCUCCUAAAGCCCCUCAAUGUGGAGAUUGACCCCCAAAUUGGGCAAGUGAAGACCCAAGAGAAGGAGCAGAUCAAGACCCUUAAUAAUAAAUUUGCUGCUUUUAUCGACAAGGUCCGGUUCCUGGAACAACAGAACCAAGUCCUAGCGACCAAGUGGCAGCUGCUGCAGGACCAGGGCUCCAACUCUGGCUCCCAGGGCCCAAACUUGGACCCCUUCUUUGAGAGCUUUAUCAGCAGCCUCAGGGCCUACCUGGACAAUCUGCUCAAUGAGAAACACAAGUUGAGCGGGGAGUUGAACAGUAUGGAAGACUUGGUUGAAGACUUCAAGAAGAAGUAUGAAGAUGAAAUCAACAAACGUACUGCUGCUGAGAAUGACUUUGUGGUUCUUAAGAAGGAUGUAGAUGCCGCUUACAUGAGCAAAGUAGAACUAGAGGCCAAAGUGGAGAACUUGAUGGAUGAGGUUAACUUCCUGAAGGCCUUGUAUGAUGCAGAAAUGUCCCAGAUGCAGUCAGACACCAGUGACACCAAUGUAGUCCUAUCCAUGGACAACAACCGAUGCCUGGACCUGGACAGCAUCAUUGCUGAAGUCCGAGCACAGUGUGAAGAGAUCACCCAGAGGAGCAAGGCUGAGACAGUGGCCCUGUACCAGACAAAAUUGGGAGAGCUGGAAAACACAGCUGGCAGGCAUGGGGAUGACCUGAAGAGCAUCAAGAAUGAGAUCUCCGAACUCAAUAGGAUGAUCCAGAGGAUCCGAGCUGAGAUUGAGAACAUCAAGAAGCAGAAUGCCAACCUUCAGUCAGCCAUUGCAGAUGCUGAGCAGCGUGGGGAGCUGGCUCUCAAGGAUGCAAAUGCCAAGGUGGUGGACCUCAAGGCUGCCCUGCAACAGAUCAAGGAUCACCUGGCCCGCCUACAUCGUGAUUAUCAGGAGCUCAUGACAGUGAAAGUAGCCCUAGACAUGGAGAUUGCCACCUACAGGAAGCUGCUGGAGGGAGAGGAAUGCAGGAUGUCGGGAGAGUGCCAGAGUACUGUGAGCAUUGAGAUGGUCUGCAACAGCAGUAGCAGUAGUGGUGUUUCCAUGGGAGGAGGAGCCGGUGGACGUGGCAAGAGUGGCACUAGUGGGGGCAGUUAUGGCAGUGGGGGGACAGGUAGCAAGGGAAUGGGCAGUGGGAGCCGUGGUGGCAAUUCCAGUGGGGGCUUGAGCUCUGGUGGGAGCUGUAGCGUUGGGGGUGGGUACUCUGGCCAGUCUGGAGGCUCUGGGGUUCAAAGUGGAGGUGGCAGCAGCUCCACCCAAGUCUCACAGAGCUCUACCCGGAGCCAGAGGUCCCACAGCAAAUUCUAA